GCAAAUGCGCCUCUUCUAGGGCCCUGCAGUAGGGUGUGGACGCUCCCACCGAGGAUUCGUCGCAAGACCAAGGCCAAGCCCAACGAUGCAGCUAAGUCAAAGCAAAAGCGUGAUGCCUGCGCCGUGGCCAAGGACGGACCUAAGCGUCGAGGGGCCUACACGGACGAGACCAAGAAGCGUAACACGGCCUUGACCAGGGUCCUGAAGUCGUGCAUCAGAUGCAGGAUGAACAGAGGCCGCUGCAAUCCAGACCCAAGCGACCCGUACGGCCCAUGUCUCACUUGCAAGCACAUCACCGGCCCUACCCUUUGCAAAAUGCCGUGCUACCGAUACAUCGUCACCGACGCUUCUUUGUACAGAGAGCAACAGGCACCCUACCAGCUCUUCUCUAAGCGAUGGCAGACGAUGGAUAUUGUCGAUAUCCCCGCCAAUGGAUGGGCGUCGUCGGAUAUUCGGACCAUUGUCGUGUCCCCCAACCACCUCGAUGCACCCUUUGCAAUUCGCGUCCGCGAGUUCAUCCCGGUCGAGGGCGAUCUGCUCGAGGAGCAAUGGAUGACUCAAAACGGCAUGCAGAGAGUUGCCAUUCCCAGAUACGCCGUGGCUUCAAUGCAGGAGGCUGCCGCCGAUAUGACGGAUUACAUUGAGAGGAACAUCCAUAACUUCAUCUCCGUGACCAUUGGGAAUCUCGACCACCUUAUCUGGGAAACGUACAUGACAGCGUUUCGUCAUAUCGGUACCGCUGCGGUACGUACCCCCGACGAGCGCAGUCUAUUGACCAACACCUUCAGGUUGUGGGUGACUUGCCGUCUGAUCAGCAAUCCCGUCCAUAUUUGCGGCGAGGACAAACUCGGAGGGCAGCCAGUGUACUCUCCCGAGAGUCUCCACCACGGCAAGGUCCCUAUGCCACUUAUCAUGACGGCUCAGUUUGAAUGCAUCAACUACACAACCUUUCUUAGACCUUGGAGCAGGGCGUUGCUCAAGCAGCUGAAUGAGCUGGUCUUGGCCAAGAAACGCGAAUACUGGCUCACCAUCUAUCUCGUGCUGUUUAUUCUCCUACACAGCUGUGCCAUGACAACUCGACGAGACGAAGACUCGGCCCGCCAGUGGAACGUCGAGGGAAAAUACGCAAACCCCGCUAGCAUCAAGGCUCACCAUACAGGAGCCCAAACGAUGCUCGCGCAUUUCCAUUUUAUUAACAAAGGGGUGAUGCCUUUCUCACUACCCCACACCCCCGGUGGCAGAGAAGAGCUUUCCAGGGCCGCUAAUCUUGACAAGAGCCAGCUGGACUUUGUUUGGCGGACAUCCGAUAUGAUCAAGGACGCAGAAAUAGCUUCGAAAAUGAGGGCUGCUCGUGAGAGGGACGACAAGGGUGAUGAUUUGUAUUGGAUAUCGAUGCUUUAUGAUAAACAUUGGGAGCCGGUGAAAAAUGACUAA